UAGAAAUGAGCACAGAAACAGAACAACAACUUCUCCAUCAUGCCAGAAAUGGCAACACUGAAGAAGUAAGACAGGUGCUAGAAGCCAUGCAGAAGAGUGAUGUAAUGGCUGACAUUAAUUGCAAGGGAAGAAGUAAAUCGAAUUUGGGCUGGACACCUCUUCAUCUGGCAUGCUAUUUUGGACAUAGACAAGUGGUCCAGGAUCUGCUGAAGGCUGGUGCAGAAGUAAAUGUGUUAAAUGACAUGGGAGACACGCCACUUCACCGUGCUGCAUUUACAGGACGAAAGGAGUUGGUAAUGAUACUCUUGGAAUAUAAUGCUGAUACCACUGUUGUUAAUGGGAGUGGACAGACAGCAAAAGAAGUCACUCAUGACAAAGAAAUCAGAAAUAUGCUUGAAGCUGUAGAAAGAACUCAACAAAGAAAGCUUGAAGAAUUACUUUUAGCAGCAGCUCGAGAAGGCAAAGCAGCAGAACUCACUGCACUGCUCAACAGGCCCAAUCCUCCUGAUGUUAACUGUUCGGAUCAAUUAGGAAAUACACCGUUGCAUUGUGCAGCUUACCGAGCUCAUAAGCAGUGUGCCUUAAAGCUUCUAAAAAGUGGAGCAGAUCCUAGUCAGAAAAACAAAAAUGAUCAGAAACCUGUUGACCUUGCCCAAGGUGCUGAAAUGAAACAUGUACUUGUUGGCAAUAAGGUCAUCUACAAAUCAUUGAAACAAUAUGAAGGCCCUCUCUGGAAGAGCUCAAGAUUCUUUGGCUGGAGAUUAUUCUGGGUAGUAUUAGAACAUGGAGUCCUUUCAUGGUAUAGGAAACAGCCUGAUGCAGUGCAGCGUAUUUAUCGCCAGGGAUGCAAACACCUGACCCAAGCAGUAUGCACGGUAAAAUCCACUGACAGCUGCCUCUUCUUUGUUAAAUGCUUUGAUGACACUAUUCAUGGCUUCAGAGUUCCUAAGAACAGCCUUCAACAGUCAAGAGAGGAUUGGCUAGAAGCAAUAGAAGAACACUCUGCAUAUAGCACUCACUACUGUUCCCAGGACCAGUUAACUGAUGAUGAAGAGGAAGAUACAGUUUCUGUUGUAGACUUGAAAGAAUCUUUAGAAAAAGUACAAGCAUGUCAGCAGAGACUAGAUAGGGAAAUUUCCAACUUUCUCAAAAUGAUAAAGGAGUGUGACACGGCGAAAGAAGUGCUUCCAUCAUUUCUUCAGAAAGUUGAAGUGGUCUCUGAAGCAUCCAGAGAAACUUGUGUAGCUUUGAGUGAUUGCCUUAAUCUCUUCACUAAACAAGAAGGGGUGAGGAAUUUUAAAUUGGAACAAGAACAAGAAAAAAAUAAGAUUUUGUCGGAAGCACUGGAGGCCCUGGCCACUGAGCACCAUGAACUAGAGCGGUCUUUGGUGGAAGGAUCGCCGCCUCUCAGUGUUCUUAGUGCGGAUGAGUUCUAUGACGCGCUCUCAGAUUCCGAGUGCGAACAGUCCCUGAGCCGAUUGGAAGUAGUGACGGCACACUCUUUUGAAGUGGAAGAUCAUCCCAGCAGUAGAAAAGCCAGGAUGUCUGAAGGCAAAGACUGUGGUGGAGGAGAUUCUCUCUCCAAUGGUAUCAAAAAGCACAGAACAAGCUUGCCCUCCCCUAUGUUUUCCAGAAAUGACUUCAGUAUCUGGAGUAUCCUCAGGAAAUGUAUUGGAAUGGAAUUAUCCAAGAUCACGAUGCCAGUUAUAUUUAAUGAGCCUUUGAGCUUCCUCCAGCGACUAACUGAAUAUAUGGAACACACAUACCUCAUCCAAAAGGCCAGUUCUUUCUCUGAUCCUGUGGAAAGGAUGCAGUGUGUUGCAGCGUUUGCUGUGUCAGCUGUGGCUUCUCAGUGGGAACGGACUGGCAAGCCUUUCAAUCCACUUCUGGGAGAGACUUACGAAUUAAUUCGAGAUGACCUUGGAUUCAGACUCAUCUCUGAACAAGUCAGCCAUCACCCACCAAUUAGUGCAUUUCAUGCUGAAGGAUUAAACAGUGAUUUCAUCUUUCAUGGCUCAAUCUAUCCCAAACUCAAGUUUUGGGGGAAGAGUGUAGAAGCAGAACCUAAAGGCACCAUCACCUUAGAGCUCCUUGAACAUGGUGAAGCAUACACGUGGACAAACCCCACCUGCUGUGUACAUAAUAUCAUCGUGGGCAAGCUGUGGAUCGAGCAGUACGGCAAUGUGGAGAUCACCAACCACAAGACUGGGGACAAAUGUGUAUUGAAUUUUAAGCCAUGUGGCCUUUUUGGUAAGGAGUUACACAAAGUCGAAGGCUACAUUCAAGAUAAGAGCAAAAAGAAGCUCUGUGCCGUCUACGGGAAGUGGACUGAGUGUUUAUACAGUGUGGACUUGGCCACUUUUGACGCGUACAAAAAAAAUGAUAAGAAAAAUACUGAGGAGAAGAAGAACAGUAAGCAGAUGAGCACUUCUGAGGAGUCAGAUGAAAUGCCUGUGCCCGAUUCUGAAAGUGUAUUUGUUAUCCCUGGAAGUGUUCUCCUGUGGAGAAUAGCCCCCAGGCCUCCAAACUCUGCCCAGAUGUAUAAUUUCACUAAUUUUGCAAUGGUUUUAAAUGAAGUAGACAAGGAAAUGGAGAGUGUGAUUCCUAAAACGGACUGCCGGUUACGACCUGACAUAAGAGCUAUGGAAAACGGGGAAAUAGAUCAAGCUAGUGAAGAAAAAAAGCGACUGGAGGAAAAACAGAGAGCAGCCCGCAAAAGCAGGUCCAAGUCAGAAGAGGACUGGAAGACCAGGUGGUUCCAUCAAGGCCCUAACCCCUACAAUGGCGCACAGGACUGGCUCUACUCGGGAAGCUACUGGGACAGAAACUACUUCAAUUUGCCUGACAUUUAUUAAAAUGCAACCAGUCAGGGCAGUCGGCUCAUUUACAAAUAAGUCUUAAACCUAUGUUUUAAUACUUUUUUUUCCUCAUUUCUACUCAAUCUUUAAAAAAAAAAAAAAGAAGUGAAGAAAAGCCCACCAUAACUUGCAUUUCACCCAGAAAAGUAGAGCACAAGGUAAUCAUAGUAAUGAAAGAAUUGGGAAGAACAGAUAAUUUUGCUUCCAAACAUACUUAUUUGGAAAAUUAUUUUAUAGAGAACUAGGGGAAUAUGCUUUUCAUGGUCACUGUUGCCAUAUUUACUAAAGGUUGAUUCAUAAAUGUAACAUUAGCUUUAUAAAUUCUAUAGUAAUUCCAAAUCAAGUUAUUUUGCAUAUUUUUAUGCUGUCAUGCUUGAAUGUUUUAGAUAUAACUUUGAAAUGUUUAGAAUUAUGAUACAAUCUAUAUGUAUGUGCUCAAAUAUCGAGGCGGUUAUGUCAUUUUGUAAAGACUACAUUGAUAAGGUGGCUUUUCUUCAUACUAAUCCUCUGCUUUACCCAUCCUUCCUUCUACAAACAAAACAAAAGCCCAAAUAUUCACAAAAGGUAUUCCUGACUUAAAAAUUCUAAAGAAUUAAACUUGGAAAGGUAUGUUAUUGUAGUGCUGUGAAUUUACUUUUACAAUUGUCUGUAAUCAAUGUCAUUAAACUUAAAUGACCAUUUAAAUUGUACAAGUUUGAAUUGAAAAUAUGUAUAGAAAACAAUCUUAGCAAUUCACAAAAAUGCCCUAGAAAUAGAGAUUUUAAUCCUAAUUACAUAAUGACAAACCUUUUUAAAUGCUUCAACUUCCAGUGGCAAGUGCCACCGGAGAAAUUUGCACUCCUGUAUGUAAGUAUCAAAUCAUGUAAAAGGAAGUCUUGUGCAUUUCAAGUUUGCAAGGCACCUGUGUACUUAAAAUAUAGAUGGAGACCUACUGUACAGCAGCCUGGCCCCUUUAAUUGGGGUACAUUAAUCAUAUGGUAUUUAUCCAGUCACACAACCCCAAAAUGAGAUAUUGCUCUGAGGGGCCGUAGGUAGCUGCCAGGAAAUUAUUUUAAUUGCUGUCUUAAAGUUAACAAGUUAUAAUGAAAUAGUUCUAAAAAUUAUAAUGAAAUAGUUUACUUAAUGCUAAAUAAAGGCUUUAGAAUGUUUCCC